AUGACGGUCUCUCAGUGCGCGUCGCGCGCGGUGUCCACGCGCGCGCGCGCGACGACGCGCGCGUCCAAGGCGAACGGACGCGCGCCGCGAACGAUCGCGCGCGCCGCGGUGGACGCCGAGACGGGCAUCGCGAAGAUGCGGGACGGGAUCAAGGAGGCGGCGCGGGAGAACUUGUUGACCCCGCGGUUUUACACCACGGAUUUCGAUGAGAUGGAACGCUUGUUCAGCACGGAGAUCAACCCGAAUCUGGAUGAGACGGAGAUCGAAGCGAUCUUGAAUGAAUUCCGCGAGGACUUUAACCAGAAGCACUUCGUGCGAAACGAUGAGUUCAAGGCGGCGGCGGAUUCGAUCAAGGGUGAACCGCGCAGAAUUUUCAUCGAGUUCUUGGAGCGAUCGUGCACCGCGGAAUUUAGCGGGUUUUUGCUGUACAAGGAGCUGGGGCGACGCAUGAAGAAGACGGCGCCGGCGGUGGCGGAGAUCUUCACCUUGAUGUCUCGGGACGAGGCUCGUCACGCCGGUUUCUUGAACAAGGCGAUGAGCGACUUUAACUUGGCUCUUGACCUCGGUUUCUUGACCAAGAACCGACAGUACACCUUCUUCCAGCCCAAGUUUAUCAUCUACGCGACGUACCUGUCCGAGAAGAUUGGCUACUGGCGAUACAUCUCCAUCUACCGCCACUUGCAACAGAACCCGGAUGAGCAGCUCUACCCGCUCUUCAAGUACUUCGAGAACUGGUGCCAAGACGAGAACCGCCACGGCGACUUCUUCUCCGCCAUCCUCAAGGCGCGCCCGGAGUUCUUGAACACCUUUGAGUCCAAGCUCUGGGCUCGCUUCUUCUGCCUCUCCGUGUACGUCACCAUGUACUUGAACGACCACGGCCGCAGUGAGUUCUACGAAUCUCUCGGCUUGGACACGACGCAAUUCAACAUGCACGUGAUUCACCAAACCAACAAGACGACGGCUACGAUUUUCCCGCAAGUCAUCGACACCUACAACCCGGAGUUCAAGGAGCGCCUCGACCGCCUCGUGGGCGUCAACACCCAGCUUAAGGCGAUCGGUCAAAGCGAUGCCCCGGAUGCGAUGAAGAACUUGCAAAAGGCGCCGCUCUUCGCCGCCUUCGCCGCGGACUUGAUCGGCUUGCUCGCGAUGAAGCCGGUGGACUCUGGUUCCAUCGACUUCGCGAACGCCGAGUCGGACCCGGCCUUCAUGUAUUAA